CAUAGAAAAAUAGUUAAUUAUUUUUUUUUCAUUUUAUUUAUUCAAUAUUCUUCCAUCUACCCUGGACUCAUAGUGCCCUCCCACCUUAAACUGUGUGGUCUUUAAACAUCUAGCAGGAGAAAAAUGCAGUUACUGACAAUUUUUGGGGAUAAUCUACCUAGCUUUUAGGACAAUACCCAGCUGUGCUAGUUCACAUCACCUUUGGACAUGCCCACUACACAAUACUUUGUAGGCAGCAUCUUAUGCCCGGGCUCCUAUUUCACAAACCACACCUGCUACUAUGUGGACUUAAUCCGCGGUUAGUUAGGAGUCAGGUUGUUGUUUUUUCUAAAACUAACUAAGCUAUAUUUUCAACAACAAAAAUAUAAUUCUUAAAGGGACACUAUAGUCCCCAGAACCACUACAGCUUAAUGAAGUGGUUAAUUUUUGUUCAACUGAAUCAUAAGAGUAACAACCUUGUACAUUGAAAGGACAUCACGUACGUAGUAUGGCACAUGACCAUCUUUGUUCCCCCUCUUCUAGUAAGACCCUAUCGCUACACCCUCCUAUUCUAGUAAUGCCCCCUAGAUAAACUUAGAAUCAAUUUGUUGCAUAUUUUAUGCUGUCUGCACAACCUUUCCAUGUUGUUAGUUAAUAGUUGUCAAUAUUCGAUUGGUAUUUAAUGAUACUCCCUCCAGACCCCCCUUAUUGCAUAAGAUUUAUAAGCGGUGUUCUGUUUAAUAAAUUUUGGCCAUUUUCUGAAUCAGACUCCAUUGUAUAGUCUCUCAAGAGUGUCUCCAACUACUGAAGGCAUGGUACAGUUUGGUUAGAACUAUAAGACCAUGGCAGGUAAUUCUGCUGAUUAUCAAGGACAGGACAUGUUUCAACACUUAAUAUCGUGAUUCUGGUAUAUAUAGCUUGUCCCUGCAGGGUUUUCAAUGUAAACACUGCCUUUUGAGAGAAAAUGCAUCUCUAUGAGUAGAUGCUGAUAGGCGCAGUGAGGCAUUUUCCCCACGCAUGCGCAGUAGUCUCCUAAUGCUAUCCUAUGGGAAGCAAUGGAGUGGUUGAGAUCAUCAAGAAUGAUUAUUAGCCAUUGAGGCAGGGCCAGCCACUGCGAGCCAACACAGCGUGGGAAAAAAGGUGAGGGUGCCAGUCACACUCAGACAUACUCACUGACAGACACACACACUCAGUGACUGACAGACACGCACCCACUGACAGACACACACCUAUCGUGCAGUGCUGCGGAAUUUGUUGGGGAUUUAUAAAUGCUAAUAAUGGCACCCAGUAAUUAAUGAGUGCUUCCCUGAGUGGCCGCCGUUCAUAUAGACGAACGGCAUCCAGGGGGAGCGUUUGUGUGGCCAAAUAAAGUGGUUGUUGUACCCCUGGAACAGUGUGUCGUCCAGUUUACUGGGUCUCUUCAUUCUGCAUUAGCUGAUGUAACCAGUCGGUUUAACCUCGGCCCGCUACAGAGACUAACAUGGUUUCCCACAUGAGAAGAAAAACAGUAUAGGCAUAUAGUUAAAAGAAAACAAACAGAUUUUAAUUUUAAUUUCUUUUUUAUUACUAGUAAACAGGAAUAAAGUUUAACAUUGUGAAACAUGUACAGUUGUUGCUUUAUUCUAUUCUAUUCCCAUAAACAUAUUAAAAGGAUAACUCUAGAAUGAAAGAACACUGAUAUAAAUAAUAAAAUAUUUAUAUUACAGAAAAUCUAACUAAUUAUGUUAAAAAUGUUUUCAUCAAGUUUCAAUAUGCAGUAGUGAAAAAAAAUAUUUCAUUUUUGAUUAUUGAGCUUCUCAAGGGAGGUAUACUCCUAUUCUGAGUCCCCCUGAGAGAAUUUUAUUGGACAGUUUUGGUGUAACAUAGAGCACAUGCACAUUGCACAAAGUGGAUUGACCUGCAGAUGGGAGUAGCAACGCACACUCCCAGGCAGUCCGCGAGGAUUGGGCGCUCACACAUACGAUAGGUGGGUGGUAAAGACAUAUACACAAAUACAUGAGAUACAACACUCAAUGAUGAGUGAACAUUAGAUUUGGGUAAACAUUUCUUUUUUUAAUAAGGGAUAUUUUUCAUAAAUAUAGAGUUAAAAUGAUACAAUUUAUUUGUUAACAGAGUUUGAGAGCAAGCUUAGAAGACCAAGUUGCUAGGUCCCUUACUCGGGGCAUAAGUGCCCCUGAAUAAAACAGUGAUGUGGUCUGUGGGAGACACUCACACUGAGGCAGGGCUGGUGCUAGACUAUUUUGCACCCUAGAUAAGACCAGAUACUUGCACCACCCCCAAAAAACAAAAAUCGCCAGCUUUGUGUGUCUCUCUGUCCCUCUCAGCCCCAUGUGUCUUUUUAUCCUCCAAGUUCCUGUAUGUGUGUCUUUUUCUCUCUAAGCCCUUCUGUGUCUGACACCGCAGCCCUUCUGUGUGCCUCUUUGCCCCCCUUAGCCCCUCUGUGUGUCUGUUCCUCCAAGUUUGUCUCUUUGCCCCUGCGUGUCUUUGUCCCCCCAGUCCCGUUGUCUCUCCGUCCCCCCAAAGCCCCACUGUGUCUCUUUGCCCCCGCAGCUCCCUUUGUAGGUCUUUGUCCUUCCAUGUGUCUCUUUGCCCCUCCAUGUAUCUUUGUUCCUCCAGCCCUGUGUGCCUUUUAUAUCCCCCCCAACUCUUCUGUGUGCCUCUUUGUUCAGCUAAGCCCCUCUGAGUAUGCUCCUCCUUGUCUUUGUCCCCGCCAACCCCUCUGUUUGUGUCUCUGCCCCCUAAAACCUCUUUGUGUUUCACUUUGCCCCCUGUGUAUCUGCCUCUGCCCCACUCUGUGUCUUUUUGUCCACCCUCAGUCCCCUGUGUGUCUCUUUGUCCGUCCCCUCUUUUUGCUGUCUUCCUCCUUUUGCAGUGCCAGCUUACCUACUUGUAGCGUGGUCGAGUGAACUGUGGUGGAGAACUUCCUGUUAGACUGGGUAGAGGAUACAGAAGAUUCUCUUCUGCGGUGCCUUGGCCACUCUACAUGAAAUGAUUGGCAGGAGGGGAAUGCGUGGGAGAGACACACACUGGCUGUGUGUGGCUGGGAGAGAGAGACACACACUGGCUGUGUGUGGCUGGGAGAGAGAGACACACACUGGCUGUGUGUGGCUGGGAGAGAGAGACACACACUGGCUGUGCGUGGCUGGGAGAGAGAGACACACACUGGCUGUGCGUGGCUGGGAGAGAGAGACACACACUGGCUGUGCGUGGCUGGGAGAGAGAGAGACACACACUGGCUGGGGGAGAGAGAGACACACACUGGCUGUGCGUGGCUGGGAGAGAGAGAGAGACGCACGCUGGCUGUGCGUGGCUGGGAGAGAGAGAGGGACACACGCUGGCUGUGCAUGGCUGGGAGAGAGAGGGACACACUGGCUGUGCGUGGGUGGGAGAGAGAGAGGGACACGCCUGCUGUGGGUGGGAGAGAGAGAGGGACACGCCUGCUGUGCGUGGGUGGGAGAGAGAGAGGGACACGCCUGCUGUGCGUGGGUGGGAGAGAGAGAGGGACACGCCUGCUGUGCGUGGGUGGGGGAGAGAGAGGGACACGCCUGCUGUGCGUGGGUGGGGGAGAGAGAGGGACACGCCUGCUGUGCGUGGGUGGGGGAGAGAGAGGGACACGCCUGCUGUGCGUGGGUGGGGGAGAGAGAGGGACACGCCGGCUGUGCGUGGGUGGGGGAGAGAGAGGGACACGCCUGCUGUGCGUGGGUGGGGGAGAGAGAGGGACACGCCUGCUGUGCGUGGGUGGGGGAGAGAGAGGGACACGCCUGCUGUGCGUGGGUGGGGGAGAGAGAGGGACACGCCUGCUGUGCGUGGCUGGGGGAGAGAGAGACUCUCACGCCGGCUGUGCGUGGCUGGGAGAGAGACAGACACUCACGCCGGCUGUGCGUGGCUGGGAGAGAGAGAGAGAGAGAGAGUGAGAGACACUCACGCCGGCUGUGCGUGACUGGGAGAGAGAGAGAGACACUCACACCGGCUGUGCGUGGCUGGGAGAGAGAUAUUCGCUGUGAGUGACUGGGAGAGAGCAGAGCCGGCCUAAGAACCCAAGAAUAAAAAUGAUGCCCCCCUGCCGCCCCCCCAAAAAAGCUUUGCGCACAUCCAUUAUGUUAUACAGUGUGUGUAGUGAAUGCAUUGUGUAUAGUGGAUGCAGUGUCACAUCGAUGGUGAGAGGGAGUCCCACACACGCAGAGGGGAUGGGAGAGGGAGUCCCACACACGCAGAGGGGAUGGGAGAGGGAGUCCCACACACGCAGAGGGGAUGGGAGAGGGAGUCCCACACACGCAGAGGGGAUGGGAGAGGGAGUCCCACACACGCAGAGGGGAUGGGAGAGGGAGUCCCACACACGCAGAGGGGAUGGGAGAGGGAGGCCCACACACGCAGAGGGGAUGGGAGAGGGAGCCCACACACGCAGAGGGGAUGGGAGAGGGAGUCCCACACACGCAGAGGGGAUGGGAGAGGGAGUCCCACACACGCAGAGGGGAUGGGAGAGGGAGUCCCACACACGCAGAGGGGAUGGGAGAGGGAGUCCCACACACGCAGAGGGGAUGGGAGAGGGAGUCCCACACACGCAGAGGGGAUGGGAGAGGGAGUCCCACACACGCCGAGGGGAUGGGAGAGGGAGACCCACACACGCCGAGGGGAUGGGAGAGGGAGACCCACACACGCCGAGGGGAUGGGAGAGGGAGACCCACACACGCGGAGGGGAUGGGAGAGGGAGACCUUGUUGUCCGGUGGUGAGUGAACUCUAACCUGCAGCUCCUCUUGCGACAUUUGGCCUUGGAGUGUUGCCAUGCUAACCAUAGAAGAACUUGGCUGCUUGUUAGAUCUCCUGGGUCAUCUCCUGCAGUGAAAUUCCAGCAGGCACGAGGAAGGAGAUCUUUGAUCUUUCAUCAUGGCACACGGCAGGACCGGUGCUUGGAUAGUGCCGGCAAGAAAAGUUUCUCUGAUCUCACAUGUCGUCCUUGGUCCAUGGCCAUUGGGGCCCACCGGGCAUUUACCCGAUGUCUAGUCCGAGCCUUGUAGUGCAUGCUGCUUACCUUAGUUUAUUAUUGACAAUUCUCGAUGAUCAGCAAUAACAGUGAUCCACUCUUCUAACGCACUAUUUAGGUUAUGUUCCACUCUUCUUAUAAGAUAUUGUUUUUAUUAGUAGAACUUUAUUUUGCCGUGAAUAAAAGUUAAGUAUAUUCUGUAUCCGUCUCACUAAUCCACAUUAAAACGCUCUGUUUUUUGGCGGUGAGGUUGCCAGAUACCAGCUGGUGUGGAGUGUAGAACACACAGGUGCAGAUGGUUGUAGUACUGCACGUACAUGCCCCAGGCAUCCUGAAAGUGAUGGGAGUCUAUAUCUCCUUAGCCUCUCCCCUGGCACGUGUAACAGAUGAGGGACAGAAUUUAUUACAUUUAUCACACUGUCGGUAUUUUAACUGGAUGACUUGUUUAAUUUGCUUUAUAAUUAAAGGAAUAUUCCAGCACUGUAACCACUAGUGUUUUGGUGCUAGGAUUGCAUUGUCUCACCCCCUCCUCCCCCUGUUGUAAGUAAUCAGUCUGUAGUGCAGUUCGACUAUAUACCUGGGGUACACUAGGAGUUUCUCCCCUCUUAUUUCUUUAUUUUUCUUCCACAGAACAAGGAUAUUUAUGGGGUGAUAAAUAUUUAAAUUGGGUGAUAAAUAUUAAAAAUAUUUUAUAAAAAUUAUCAUAAAUUAAUUUAAUAAUUUUGUAUUAAUAUAAAACAUUUAUAUAUUGGCAAGAGUUACCCUACUAUUUUAACUCUUAUAGAUCAUGGAAUAUGUUUAUUACAGUAUUUGUAUUUCACACAUUAAUUACAAAUUAUAAAACAUGUCAUUUAUUGUGACAAAUAAUAAUGUUUAACAUCCGUGACAAUAAUCAAUGAAUAUUUAGGUAUAACAUAAGUAUACAAUAUGGCAGCAGUUAUGACACAAUUAAAGAUAGCUUAAUAACAACAUAUGUUCAUUUAACCUCUAAAGGAGUUACAUGCAAAAUUACCAAUAAUUCAUAUAGAAUUUAAUCAACAGUUAUAUCCACAUAGAUUCAAUUUUCAACAAGAUUUGCUACAGAAAUCUCCGUUUUGGAAUCCCUUUACAAAAAAUACAGAGCACGCAGCAGCUUCCAGUCAUAAAAACUUUUACUAUCACUUUAAAUCACACUGAGUUAACUCACUCACUGCUGGCUACAAUUCUCACAGGAAAAACACUUUUAACAUUGCAACUAACAGAUACAAUAUUUGUUGUACAAGAAGUCAGUUAACUAUUAUCCUCCAUUCAGUAAGUCAAAAGAAUAAUUCUAAGCAAAUUUUACCGCUGCAGACUAUUAACUUUCCUGAUUAAAGAUGAAUUAUCCCUAAAUUCAGAUAAGUCAAUAUCUCUGGAUAAUAGCUUGAUAUGGUAAACUUGGCAAAUUACCAGUAAAUAUAUUGUUCAUUUAUUCCACCUGCAGGUAUGGAAUGUAGAACCAUAUAUUUCCUCAGCUAAUUAUGAUUUCAAAGGUUUGAAAUCUGACGAGCAUUAUCCAGGUAUAUUUCUACUUUUAAUAAAAAUUAAUUAUAUUAAAUGAAGCCAGCAUAUUUACCAGCUCUCUUCGUAGAAAUUCUUUUGGCUUGGUAAUAUAUUCCAUGAAUGGUGGAUGCAAGUAUGAGUAUGUUUAAAUGGACAUUAAGUAUUUAAGAAAGUUCUGAUUAGUAAAGAAUUUUAACUUGGACCCAGAUUCAGUUGGAAAAGACAGUUAGAUUUGUCCAACUUUUGGUUAAUGCUCAUUGAUUCGUCUCCGGCUAUUCUCAAUUUUUAAGGAAAAUCUUAACUUUCUUUACGUCACUAAUUUAAAGUGACCAAUGGAAUCAGGUGGGUGUACCUUAUUCUCUUGAUUGUUUUCUAGACUUUGAUCAAUAGAUGGCGUUGUAACACCACAAGAAAUGGUCAUUACGAAUGCCAACUACCACUUUGUAUAAGGGGUUAAUUGAAUUUCGUGAUGCAUUUGACAUCACAAAUUUUAUCUUUUCUAGGUACCCUUCAUCAAAUAUCUGUCAGUCUUCAAAGGGUUAUGCAGCAGACUUUUAGUCUAGUUUUUGGGCUAUAAAGUAUGAUUUUGACGCAUAUGGACUUUGGUUCACCUUUCUCUUACAAUGGAUCCUUAUAGCAACAAUUAAAUUUAAAAAGUAAAAUUACUUGAGCAUUAUCUCUUUCUGGUAAUCCUGUGUCUGGUUUUCUUAGUUAUACUGAAAGAAGAAAUAUUAUCUCUGAUUAGUGUUUAAAUUGGCUUCAUUCCUUUAGUCAGUGAAUGAACAGAGUUAGGGAGGAACAAAAUGUGUCUGACCUUUUGCAUUUUGUUACAAAAUGGAGUUAAAGCUGCUAAGUGGUGACUUACAGUAUACAUUUUUAAUUUCAAUCUUAACACAAAAAUGUCUGAUAUAAAAAAAUGUUCAUUUUUUUUUAACAAGAAAAAUAAUGUACAGCGGUGACAAGUGGACCCAUAGGGCAGAGUGGACUAUAGAACGCAUAGUCUUAUUACCAUACAGAGAUCACUGUAUGUCUAACAUUAGUAAUGAAAAAAAAAAAGGUAGUUGGGAGUUAUCAUUGACAAUGGCAUCUACAAAACAGUUUGAAAUUAAAGAGGUAUAUUGCAUAUAACUCCACGUAAAGCACAGCAACAUAGUCACGUUAGAAAGAAUCCUUCUGGUCAAUAAUUGCUUUAAAAAAAAUUUUUUUUCAAUAUUGUUUGUUACACAUUUUCCUCAAACCCCAAUAUGUCCAGCUAUGUACACAGGGCCACCAUCAGGGCAUGACAACCAUAACGGUUGUCAUGGGCCCGGCGGUCCUGGGGGAGCCCGGACUGCUCAGGUCGUCCCGGGCCCCACAUUCAGUGGCAUACAUACCGGGGUCGCAGGGGGCCCGGCCGCCCUGUGACCUGGUAUGUACCCACUGUGGCUAGCCUCUUCUCCUGGGGGGCCCAGCAGCCGGUCACCUCAGGGUCCCCCGAGGCUGGCCCUUGUGCCCGGCGGGCGCGCGCCACGCUGAUGCCGGAGCCGGAAGAUGACGUCAUCUUCCGGCUCCGUGAUCAGUACGUGGCACGCGAGGGAGCUGAACAGGAAGCACUCAGCCAGGGAGAGUUAUCCCUCGCCGGCUGCCACUGGACCCCAGGGAAUCCCCUCAGCACUCCCAAAGGUAGGGAAGCUAGGGGGAUGAAACUUAAAAAAAAAAAAAUGUAUGUGUGUUUGUGUUAGUGUGUAAGAGUAUGUUUGAGUGUGUGUGUGUUUGUUUUGUGAGUGUGUGUCUGUUAGUAAAUGUGUGUCUGUUAGCUAGUGUGUAUGCGUCUGUUCGUGAGAGAGUGUGUGUGUCUUAAGCACUUAAUUUUCUCCAGCGCCGGACUCCCUUGGCGCUGGGGAUCUCUCCGCCCUGAUCCGCCUCUUAGCUCCGAAUGCGCAUGCGGGGCAAGAGCCGCGCACACAUUCAAACCGCCCAUAGGAAAGAAUUACUCAAUGCUUUCCUAUGGACGUUCAGCGUCUUCUCACUGUGAUUUACCCUUAGUAAAACAUAGCAGUUUCUCUGAAACUGCUAUGUUUUCAGCUGCAGGGUUAAAACUAGAGGGACCUGGCACCCAGACCACUUCAUUGAGCUGAUGUGAUCUGGGUGUCUGUAGUGGUCCUUUAAGUGUAUCUGCAUGCACUGGCGUACAUAGUGCAGUCGCAGCCCUGCGACCAGGUGCCUGCCGCCAUGUGUUGCGGCUCCAGCCCGCGCAGAGUAAGCGUGCGUGCGUGGGUGGGGGGAGAGGAGCCACGGAUCAGUUUUCGCACCAGGACCCCAUUGGUUGUGUGUACGCCACUGCCCACAUUAGCUAUGUGCACACAUAUAUAGCGAUUAACGCUAUGUAUUUGUGCACUGCGGCCCCCCCGCUACCUGUAUUCUGCAGGGGGCCCAGCACACUUGAAAUAUACUGCCAGAUGCUAUGCUCUGUCGAAGUCUCGUGAGCGACGUGAUCGUCAGAGCAUUGCCAUGGCAACGCUCCGCACGGCUCAUGAGACUUCGACAGAGCAGAGCAUCUGGGCAGUAUAUUUCAAGUUUGCGGGGGAUGCACCAUUCCUCAGGACCUCCGGAUCCAGCCAAUGUGAUCUCCCCCCUCCAUGGCCACAGGUGAGAUACAGGGAGAGGGGAAUAAAACAAUACAAUUAAUGAAUGGAAGAAAAAAAACUGUAGGUUUUUCCCCCCACAUUUUGCAGCCCCAUACAUUUACACACGCUAUACACUAGCAUUUACACACAAUAUUCACUAAAAUUUACACACGCUACAUCCUUACACAAACAUACACCCUGCAGUCACUACACACACUACAUCCUUACACAAACACACACUCUGGAGUCACUACACACACACACAUACACACUCUGCAGUCACUACACACACUACUUCCUAACACAAACACACACUCUGCAGUACCUACACAAACACACACUACACACACUAUGUAGUCACUAUACACACACUACAUCGACUACACAAAGACACACUCUGCAUCCACACACUGUAUUCACUAAACACUACAUCCACUACACACACUGCAUUCACUACACACACACACACACACUCUGCAUUCACUAUACACAUUGCAUUUAAUACACACAAACACUACAUCCACUACACAUACACAUACACACACACAUACACACUCUGCAUUCACUAUAAACACACACUACAUCCACUACACAAGCACACACUCUGCAUCUAAUAUACACCUCAUACAUUACACAAAUGUACAAUCUGCAUCCACUAUACACACUGCAUCCGUUAAACACACACCUCAUCCACUUAACACACGAACUCUGCAUCCACUACACACAUUCUACAUCCACUAUACACACACCAGAAUCAGUACAGACACUGCAUCCCUGUGGACAGACUCAGGGGGGCGGCAGCACUUUGGGCGGACUCGGGUGCAGGCACCGGGUGUCCCAGACCUUGAGCUGUGUCAGGGGCCCCAAAAUUUCUGAUGGCAGCCCUGUAUGUACAUACGCUGUGAGGAAGAGAAGAGAGAGCAAAUGCGACUGGCAGCAGGAGAAGAGAGAGAAAAAGAAGGCACUAUAGGAACAUGCUAGAGCACCCAAAUAUACAUUGUGAGGUUAUUCCGACUCAGUCACACCCCCCAGUUCCCCAUCUUUUCCCAUGUGCUAUUGUGUAUCAGAACAUUAAGUAUAGCCGCUACGGUGGGAAUUUCUGUAGUUCUCCAGCUUCUGUGAAGAGUCUGUUUAGUCACCAGAAAAGUAUGGGAGGUGAGUAAUUUCUGUGACCUAGACCAGGUGUCUGGGAAAAGGUGCAGGAGGGCCAUCCCUGGGGACGGUGAUACAUGAGUGUGACAUAUCCUAACUGAGCUGCACAGAGGCUAAAUCUUAACACAGCCCCACCAGACAUGGCUGUGUUUUCCCUCUAUGCUGCACGCACUACAGCAUAUCGCUGAUUGGGUCUAUAUGAGUCCACCAGGCAGGUACUGAGUGCCAACGUAGAAUAAUUUUGUAUAAUAGUUCCAGGUGUGAAGCAUUGUGGGUGAGUCCACUGAGGUUAUUCCUAAAAUGAUGCCUAUUCCCAAUCCUCUAUGUAGAUAUUAAGGCCCCUUUCCCAUCUAGCAUUAUGUGGGAGUGGCCAAGAGUUUGAUAAUUUAUAGGAAUAACUUGCCUGGUGAAGGGAUGUCUGUGUGUUAAUUGUAGUAAAGGAUAAGGGAGCGAGAAGUUCAAGUCUGUCGUAUGUGAGUAUAGAAAGUGUUUGAUUUGGAGGUAUUUAUUAAAGUCACGGGAUAACAGACUGUUUAAUUGGCAUAGUUCUUGAAAAGAGCUCAGCGAGGUACCCCUGCAUUGAUCAUCUAAUGAUUUAUUUCCCCUGGAUUCCCAGAUUUGUGUAGACAACCCGUCGAUGCGUCGCUCUAAGUAUGCAAUGGAAGUGUUGGUAGUAAGCUGACGUAUGUAUGGGUGUCUGUGCACUGUUAUCCCAGGUUCUGAGGGAGUAUUGGGUGGAAGGCAGCAAAAGUGCAGUAGGUGGCCGCAAGGGUAGCCGUGUUUAAAUAAGUAAAUUAUCCUCCGUAGCUCGACCAUAUCCAUCCAAGGAAGCAUUCCCCGUGGGGCAAACCUGACUGUGCAUUGAGCGAUAUCGCUGCUUUGUGAGAAGUGCGUAAACACGGUAACCCCAAGCCCCCUUCAUUGCGAGAUAAAUACAUGGUGCUUCUAUUGACUCUUCUGGGCUGAAAAUCUAUGUAACCUUUCCGACUUUUUGGGAUGGUUAGUAUUAGAGAGUCUGGAAUUGGAAGGGUAUGAAACGCAUCGUAUAUAAAACAACUUGAGGACUGACGUGACUGCCUAACCAUGAGAGGUCAAGGCUUUUCCAUUUAGUUAAGCUACAUUAGAGCUGUAUACAUUGAUUAAUUGAGUUUAAAGAUACUAUCGUUUGUAUGGCUUUUGGAAUCAAUUAAUCUUGUGCUAGGAAACCCGUCAAAUCCUUCAGAACCGACUGAAGGGCGGGAAGUAAGGUUUCAGGGUUUGAUUUGGCUACCAGUAUGUCUUCAGCAAACAUUUCCAAGGUUCAUGAUCCAGAUCGAGACAUUGAGUAACCAGAGAUAUUGGGAUUUUCACAUAUAGCCAAUGCCAGUUGUUCUAGCAUCAGGUCCCAUAAGAGUAGAGAGAGUGGAAAGCCCUGUCUAGACUCAUUUGGUAUUUUAAACAGGGUGAAGUAAAACCCAGUGGACACAACAGAUGCAGUCAUGCAGGAGUAUAACCGUUUAGCUGCUUCAAUAAAGGAGUUUGGAAAUCCAUAUCGCUUCAACAACUUCCACAUAUAUCCCCAGUGCACCAUAUCAAAUACCUUCUCGGCAUCGAGGGAGAGGAACAGACAUGACCUCCGCUCUCCGCAGGCAUGGUGUAAUAUGUUUAUAAAUUUCCUGGUGUUUUCAGAGACUUGCCUAUGCGGGACAAAUCCCACCCGGUCAAUGUGCAAGAGUUGGGAUAGUAUGUGUAUAAUGCAGUUUGGUAGGAUUUUUGCGUAAAGUUUAGUGUCUGUGAGGGGAGAUAUGGGGCUAAAAUUGGGGCACGUUGUUGGUUUGCUAAUUUAGGGAGCGUAAUUACAUGUGUAUGCAAAAAUUGAAUGGGAAUUGUCCCCUUGGAAUUUAUGUAAGAGAGCCUAGAUAAGGUGUGAGUACAUCUGCAAAUUUCUUGUAGUAAAGGCCAUCUGUCAGGAUCCUAUACUGACAAACAAAAAUUGUUUAUUUUCUGCUUCUUUAUUUCAACAAUUCCAGUUUUUCGCCACUAGUCUUUCCAAAGUAACUCACCUGCAUAGCAUGAUCAUCUAAAUAUGCUAUGAGGCUAAACCCUACUUCACUAUUUGCCUUUACAUUGAUUGAAGUUUGUGCUCUGAUCCUGGCUCCAACUGCAAAAUCCUGCUAUACUAUGAAUACUAUUGGACCAAUCUGAUUCAUUCUUUCAACCUGCUACAUUCCAAACCUACUUACUAUCCAUACGCUUGGAGAUAACCUGCUUUAUUCAAUACUGGACUUGGAUUUAUUUUUUAUUUGUUUCUACACAUACCGAAAACUACUUAACCAGCGUGGAUAUUACAAACAUCCCUGAUAAUUACAAUUAUCCUAAAGGACCCUGAUACAUCUAUCCAAAACCUGCUGUACAACCUCCAAACCAAAGAGAUUGAUCAACUAAACGUCUGACUUAUCUGUGUUACUUACUUCCUUUAUAUUUCUGUUUAUUUCUGACUAGUUGUAUUUUGUUUUACCUGUAACCUAUAAAUGUUCUUCUCCGAAUUUACCUGUAAUCUCUCUUCUAUGUUAUCCUGUUACUGAAUAACCUGCCUGGGGAUUAUUGCCUAAAUUUUAUAUUUCUGUAAUCUCCUGGUACCUUACCUAUAAUUUCGUUUAUAGGUUCUCAUUCUUACUACUGCCUAUAUAUCUUUUAGGUUCUGCUUCUACCUAUUUUCCUAUUAACCUGACUAGGGCUUAUUGCCUAAAUCUCUAUUUUUUAGCCCACAAAAUACUUACCUGUAAUUUCAUUUAUAGGGUCUUCUUUCCCCCUUUGUCUUUAUUAUUUCACUUCCUUUAAGUCCUCUUAUUGUUUUCAAGACAAACCAUGUCUAAGAUCACAACCUAAAGUUGAUCCCAGUUUCAGUCUCAUAUCUAACCUGACCAGAAGCAUGACACCAUCAGGGCGUGGCCAUUUCCUUUUAUUUAACGUUUUGAUGGCUACUGCAAUACCUCUGUGGAGAUGGGAGCUUCUAAAGCUGCGAGGUGGUAGGAAAGUGUAAAUGGUGUAGAAAUGCACAGAUCUCUCGGUAGGUGGGCUGGUGUCAUCUUUGAAAUUGUACAAUGUGAAGUAAAAAGAUGCAAACUCCUCAACGAUGGCAGCCGAGUUAUAUGGAGUUGCUCCCCUCCUUUACUACUGACAGAGCAUGAUGCUCCUGUUAAGGAACUUCCAUUAUUUCUCCUGAGCCAAGUCCUGCAGAGCAGGCCUAGCUCAUUGACUGUGAGUGUCAGCUGACCACUUUAUGCCAAUGAGCCAAGCCUACAUUCUAAGUUUCUAUCUCUUUUUACUACUUAUGGGAGGGAGGUGAGGGGGCAGUGCACUGAAGUGAAGUGUUCCUUCAAUUUUACAAUUCCAGAACUAAUUAAAUUGAACAGCAAUCUGUUAUGUUCUAUUUCAGUUUGAUUUGAUAAACCCUUAAAUAUAUUCUAUUGUGUGUAUUUGCAGAUCUCAGAGGUUGA